AUGUCGAAGAACAUUUAUUUUUUCGGAACUUCGAAACUCGAACUUUCUGAUUUUCAGAAUAUUGGGCGUUUUUCGAAAAUGAUAAAAUGGGAUUUCGGAUUUUUGAAAACCAAACAUUCGGCAUAUUUUUGA